GGGGAGAGAGAGAGAAUCCCAAGCAGGCUCCACACUGUCAAUGAAGAGCUUGAGUCGGGCUUGAGCUUGCAGACCAUAAGAUCACGCCCAAACCAAGAGUCAGAGAUUAACCGACUGAGCCCCCCAGGUGCCCCAAGACUUGUUUAUUUUUUGAAGUACAUGAGUCUCCUGCCUUUGUAACCCCUAUGUUUGCUUCAUCCUGGGUUGAAGGGCUCUAGGUGGUUGAAGUCCUUGGAGGCAUAAGCCCUAGAAAUAGAGGUGGUAUAAUAUCGAUGGAUUGUUCUUCCUUGAUCAUAAAUGCUUUCCUUUUUGAAGAAAGGAGGGGAUACCAGAGGCUAACAUGGAUUACUCCUCCCCCAAAAGAGGAGAUGGGGGCCCAGGGUGGGGCCAGCUGGGUCAGUGGUGUCCGAAGUGUUUGAGGGAUAAGGAAGCUGCUGGCUCCCACUGAUAGUGAGCAGGUGGCUGGGGAAGGAACCAUUGCCUCCUGCUCGCUCUUCAUGGUGAUGGCCAGCGUGGAUGGGGGAGAGCAAAGAGAGCCCCAAGGGGAGCCACAGCGCCUGGUCUCCUCUCAAGUCCUGAAGUAAGACUGGCACCAGCGGAUUUUUGUCAAUUGCAGGUUGGUGCUGGGGAAGAUUCGCUGCUUUGGCUUUGACAUGGACUACACCCUGGCUGGUAGGGAGGGAGGGAGCAGGGUAUUUGGGGCUCGGGGAGCAGGGGGUAGGCACCAGCUGGCCUGGUUCUGCUUGGUUCCCACAGCCUACAAGUCCCCAGCCUAUGAGGCACUGGUCUUUGAGUUACUACUGGAGCGUCUGGUGUGCAUUGGGUACCCGGGUGAUAUCCUGCGCUACACCUAUGACCCCGCCUUCCCCACUCGGGGGCUGGUGUUUGAUGUGCUCUAUGGGAACCUGCUGAAGGUGGACACCCAUGGGAACGUGCGGCUGGGCACCCAUGGCUUCACCUUCCUCUCGGACUGCUCCCUCCCCAGGGCAGAGAUCUGGAGCUUCUACCCCAGCUGGUUCGUUCAGAGGGACAACCUGCAGAGGUUCCACAUCCUCAACACGCUCUUCAACCUGCCUGAAAUCUACCUGUGUGCCUGCCUGGUGGACUUCUUCUCUGGCUGCUCCCGCUACACCAACUGUGACACUGGCUAUCAGCACGGGAACCUCUUCAUGUCCUUCUGAAGCCUCUUCCAGGACGUGAGUGAUGCCAUGGAUAAUGUCCACCAGUCGGGCUGUCUGAAGGAGAAGACCCUGGAAGACUUGGACAAACACAUGGAGAAGGAUGUGCGAAUCCCCAUCCUGCUGGGUAAGAUGAAGGAAGUUGGGAAAGUAUUUCUGGCUACAAACAGAAGCUACAACUACACGGAUGCCAUCAUGACCUACCUGUUUGGCAUUAGUGAGGCUGAAGGCUCAGCCAGGCCCUGGAGGUCCUACUUUGACCUGAUUGUGGUGGACACACAGAAGCCCUGCUUCUUUGCUGAGGGGACGGUGCUGAGACAGGUCAACAGGGUAAUGGCAGGGGCUGAGGAUUCAGGCAAGCUCCGCGUGGACACCUACAUGGGGCCCCACCAGCACUGUGUAGUUUACUCUGGAGGCUCUUCGGACACGGUGUGUGAGCUGCUCGGGGUACGGGGGAAAGAUAUCCUGUACAUUGGGGAUCACAUCUUUGGAGACAUCCUCAAGUCCAAGAAGUGGCAGGACUGGCGAACUUGCCUGGUGGUUCCUGAGCUGUUCCGGGAGCUUGGCAUCCGGGACCAAGAGAAGGAGUGGACGGAGGAGCUGAAGAGGCUGAACAUGCACUUGGCAGACCUGUACCAGUGUGCACACCCAGCCCGGCAACUCCACUGGGUGCCUGUGGAGUGUCCUCUGACCUCCAUGGGGUCUAGGGAGGUUGUGCCUGGAGCUUGGAGGCACCGUUCCUUUUCUCCUGGGUCAUGUGGCUGUUUUUGCACCAGUCACAUGGAUGGGAGCAGCUAUAGGCUGCAAGUUAUCAACUCCACCAAGAGGGAGAUUCAGGUUCCUGAGCCCAGUUACAGGAUUUUCCACAACCCCUGCAGAGCUCCACUUGUCCUUGUCUGCCAGCGCCCUCUGGUGGUCUAUGCUCCGAAUGACAGCAGCGUGCGGCUACAGGAGGACUGAGUUCAGGGUGAUUUGUGGAGCGUGGCUAGACCCUCAAUCUCCGUUAACCUAAUCUCCAUGAACCCUCCUUGAGACGUGCCUGCCUGUUGGGUCGGGUCCUCAACGUGCCGGACUAGCCAGCUGUGAUCAGCGUCUGGGGGCAGCUAGAUGAGUGGUCCCAGAAGAUGGGGGUCCUGGGGCCCAGGGCCAGUGAGCUGACGGGUCCUGGGAAAAGAAGGAAGGAAAACACGCCCUGUGCCACUACCGACCAGCCACCAAAGCUGGGAGAGUCCCAUAGCCCAUGUCAACAGAUUCAGGCCAUUUGGCAUUCACAGAGCCAGCUGGGACCAAUGAUGAAGGAUCCCUGCUGAGCCUUUUGCAGGGUAUAAAGCCCUUGCCUGCUAUUUGAUCCUUCCAUAGCCCUGAGAGGUGGGCUGUGCAGGGACAGCUACCUUUAUCUGACAGAUGGGAAACAGGUUCGGAGAGAGGAAAUUGCAUGCUUUUGGUCACUUUUGGAGUAAAUGUCCAGAUUAGUUCUCUAGACGCUAAAAGCAAGGCCUGGUGAGGAGGUGGAGACCUGCUAGGUGGGCAGGAGUGGGGCCAGGUGUGUGGGCCUCUGCAAAGCCCUCUGUCGGGGCAUCAGAAGCUACAUUAAGCUCAGGGUUUAGUCCGGGUGGUCACUCUCCAGGGCCAGGCAGGUAACUGAGGAAAGCAGGAAGGGGGGUCUGUGGCAAAGUGGAGAGCUGCCCCACCUCCCUAAGCUGCAUGUGCCACCUCUGGGGUUAAAGAACACAGCUCCUUCCCAACUGGGGGCAGACACCCUGGUGUCUCCAGGUGACAGACCCAGGGAGGGCAGAGCUGGCCCCAGAAGGGGAGGGAUUUGUCUGUGGGUGAUGCAGGUCCCGAUGGGGGGGAUCUCUUCUCUGCCAGAGAGUCACCAGGGAGCUGGACCUGUGCUACAGCGCGAUGGGCAGCCUAUUCCACUGAGGUUUCAGCCAGACGCUUUUCUCCAACCAGCUGAUGGCGCUAUGCAGACCUCUACACCAGCUGCCUGCCUCAACUUCCUGAACCACCCGCUCAGCUUGCUGUAUCUGGCGGUCCUGGAGCUGGUGGGUCCCUGCAGAGCCUCUCUGGCUAUCCCUGACCCUCUGCCCCAGGAGGAGCCGCUGGUCCCCAGCCCUGCCAAGAGCUUCUGAGGUCACCAGGCCCCAUCUCCCACCUCCAGGCACAAGUGGGUCAAAGCCUUGCAGAUGCCCCAUGAGUCUGCUGUGGAGCAGGAACGGGUUAACCAGCAUCCCCUCUCCUGCCCUGUCUUCUACAGCCUGAGGGCUGAGGGCAAGGACAGAGUUGAGGACCAAGAGGGCUGCAUGGAGGCCGAAUGAAUCCUGGACAUGUGCUGGCUUCAUGGUCAUCUUCUACUUGAGAUAUUUUUCAGAUAAAUGGAAAAGUGUGGAAGAGAGAAAAAGCAAUCCAUAUUGAAAUCUCCCAAAUGUAACAGAUUUGGAGCCCAAGAACACAUCUUUUAGGGAGGAGGGAGUGUUGUCAUCCUAGAAGACAUUCCCUAUGGCCUUUGGGCCAUUUGGAAAUGGAUGGAACAAGUGGAAUUGCUGUACCCAGUCCCAGUCCCCCUGAGCCGCAUCAUGCUUCACAUCCAAUGUUGUUUCUACACAUUUCUUUUAAGAAAAAUAAUAUUUCCAUGCACUUUUGAUUCUGUUACGAGUAAUAACAAUACCUGAUAGGCCAUAGGUGAUUUCAUUAACUGUUCUUUCUUUCCAGGUCACUACGAAAGAUUGAUGAGUAAAUGUGAUAGCACCAACAUCUUUGAGCUUGAUGUGUACAUGCAUUGAAACAUGUAAGAAGUCAUACUUAUGAUUUAAGAACUUGGUACUUUAUUUUGGUAGGAGCUGCCCUGUGGUACUGAGCCUGGGUCCUACAUUGUUCUGAUGUCACUCCUACAGCUCGUGUUUUGUCUGUUAGUGGUAUCAUCUGGCAUUAUAUAGAGGCUUAGAAUGAAUAUACAUCUACAUAACUGAAAUGACGAAAUAAACUCUUGAAGGAACAGG